GAGAUGACGAAACCUUUCGACUGUCUCUACCUCAGCAUCGUAUCUACACUAUUUCCUGUCAGUCUGCUCACGCUGGUGGAUGUGCUAUCAUCGUCCAACAAUCUCUCGCUCGUCUCUUUCGCUCUGCUCGGCAUCGCGUUCAUCAGGCAGGCAGGUGUACAUGAGAGUGUAUUUGGCGUUGGCAACUGCAGUGACCAUAUUCCGAUCUACUUGGGGCUCACGCCGGCCUCGAUGAGAAACCAGAACCAGGGGCGCAUUCCGACUUGGGUUGCCAAACGCCCCAGUUUUCCUGGGCAUGUCGAAGCGAUUGCUGCGUCCGUGGAUUUUCACCUCGACCCGACCAUCAAACUCGCUGAAGUCAAGUCAGUUGCCUUCGCCGCGAAGCAGGCGGUGCUUGCCGAACUUGCAGGCUCUUACCCAGUGACCCCCAUACAGAAGAUCUCGUGGAUGCUUGCUGCGCAGCGCGCCAUUCGUAGAGGGGACGGUGGCGUCGUCGCCAAGGCCUGCCGUGGGUUUCCUGAUCUUCGGAGAUUUAUUGAUACUGGGUCUGGGCAAUUCUCGGACUUCGACGGGUUCCAAGGGCUGAUGAAUCUUCUGAAUCGCGAGCAUAUUGACCACCUCAUGCACGAUAAUCACGAGCUACCCGAAACCCACUCGAAGAAGCAGGCCCGAGCUGAGGCCUUGAGGAAACGUCAGGCGGGGUGGUCCCCCAAAUCCAGGAAGAUCGGGCUGGCCCAGAUUCGAGACCCACGAGGCAUGCCGAUUGCUAACCCUGCUCACGGAGCUGAGGCGUCGCGAAUUCACUGGCAGGGCAUCUUCUCCGAGGUGGCGGUGGAGGAGGAGGUCAUAGACAUGUUUAUACCGUUUGUGGACAAAGCCCUCCCGAACCCUGUUACGAAAAUGCCGUUCUACCACUUUGUCGAGCUUCUGGAGGCUCAGUCGGAUUCGGCCGUUGGCCCUGAUGGGCCCCCGUAUUCUGUUUGGUGGAAAGGAGGACGUCUGAUGCACGAAACCCUGUGCGAGUUAUACGAGGCUCUACUGAGUGGCACCCCUUUGCCACAUCAGUUUCACGUUGCACUAAGUGUCUUUCUGCCCAAGGGCACUGAGCGCGAGGACCAGUACGCGAUUGCCCGACAGCCCGCCAUCACCCGCCCCAUCGCCCGCAGCAACACCGACAACAAAACUAUGAGCAAAAUGAUUGGCCGGUACCUCGCGCCCAUUGCCGACAGCUCAGUCGACUUCAGCCAGCGUGGCUUUAUCGGAGGCCGUCAGCUUGCUGAAAACAUCAUCGAGCUCGAGGCCGUCAUUCUCCGCUGGGUCUCAGUGUAUGGAGAGCCAGAGGCUGCCCAUGUUUUUUUCGACAUCGCCAGUGCCUUUCCGUUUCUGGCGCACGGUUGGAUCCUUCGGAUUUUGCGAGCCAUGGAAUUUCCUCCAAAUAUUAUCUGGGCCAUCCAGGAGCUGUACCGCGACGUUGUCAUGCACGUUUCCUUUCGGGGGUUUUGUGAGCAGGACGGUUUGGGCAUUCGGUGCUCCCGAGGGGUGAAACAAGGAUGCCCGCUUUCUGGACUGAUUUGGGCGCUGUGCUUUGACCCGGUUAUCAGGAGACUGAAGUUCCAGCUCGCUCAGCAUCAAUGCAGGCUUGGUGUAUUUGCGGAUGACCUUGGGCUCUCGUGCAGGCACUUCUUUGAGAGUAUGCCUGUGGUUAUGUCGGAGUUCAGGCUUGUUAAGCGAGGCGCUGGGCUCACUGUCAACACGAAUAAGACGUUCAUUGUGUCCUUCGGGGAGGAGGGGAAGGAUUGGGUCGCCCAGAAGUUGAAG